AUGGUCGUUGAACCCUUGAACAAAUUUGAAACAACUGACAACAAAUCUCGCCACAUGACGAGAAACCCUAACCUCACCGCCCCAUGGAUACAACAGGAAUCUAUGCCGGAGCUCCGUCGAAUCCGCUGCGUCAUCACCGCCGACGAGGUGCUCCUCCUCAACUCCCUCGACAGCUACGUCUUCCAGUAUGCCGCCGAGCUGCAGCGCCGCCUCCUCCAGCGCGCCGAGGGCGACGAGCUCCCCUUCGAGUUCCGCGCCCUCGAGCUCGCCCUCGAGGCCGCCUGCUCCUUCCUCGACGCCCAGGCAGCAGAAUUGGAAAUUGAAGCAUAUCCCUUACUGGACGAGCUAACAUCGAAAAUUAGUACUCUAAAUCUGGAACGCGUUCGGCGGCUAAAAAGUAGACUAGUCGCUCUGACCAGAAGAGUUCAGAAGGUCAGGGAUGAAAUAGAACAGCUAAUGGAUGAUGAUGGAGAUAUGGCUGAGAUGUAUCUUACCGAGAAAAAGAUGAGGAUGGAAUCAUCAUCUGUGUUUGGUGAUCAGUCAUUGGCAACCUUCAACGCGGCAGCCGCUGGGACUUCAGUUUCAGCUCCUGUGUCUCCAGUCUCUUCACCCACAGAAUCACGGAAGUUGGAGAAAACCUACAGCUUGUGUAGAAGUAGACAUGAUAGUGUAAAGAGCUCAGAUAACUCAGUGACUGAACAUAUUGAGGAGCUUGAAAUGUUACUGGAAGCAUAUUUUGUAGUCAUCGACAGCACUCUUAACAAGCUGACCUCGCUGAAGGAGUAUAUUGAUGACACCGAAGAUUUUAUCAACAUUCAGCUGGACAACGUCCGGAAUCAGCUGAUCCAGUUUGAGCUUCUGCUAACAACUGCAACAUUUGUCGUCGCCAUUUUCGGAGUGGUCGCGGGGGUAUUCGGGAUGAACUUCGAGACCGACGUUUUCAGCAUCCAGAAUGCAUUCCAGUGGGUGCUGAUCAUUACUGGAGUGGUUGGCGCUUUCAUCUUCUGCUUCUUCGUCUGGUUCUUCAAGUACAAGAGACUGAUGCCCCUGUAG